AUGCCCGGGAAGAAGGCGCGUAAGAGCGCGCAGCCGAGCCCCACGCGGGCGCCGGCAGAGCGAGAAGUUGAAUGUGCUAUUCAGCUCAGGAGGAUGGGAGACAAACUGAGUUUCCGGCAGAAACUUCUGAAUGUGAUCGCCAAACUCUUCCACUCCGGCACCUGA